AUGGCAAGUUUAAGGGUCUCGGUGUGUGUGUGGGUUCUUUUCAUGAGCUCAUUUAUUCUCAACAUUGAUCACUUGGAUGCCCAAAUCAGCAACACCUGUCUGCCAGAAAACCACAGACCCCUAUUCAUAUUUGGAGACUCACUGUUUGAUCCUGGAAACAAUGACUACAUCAAUGCCACUACUUUUUUCCAAGCCAACUUUCCCCCGUAUGGAGAAAAUUUCUUUAAGUAUCCCUCAGGAAGGUUUUCUAAUGGACGUGUAAUCCCUGAUUUCAUUGCUGAAUAUGCUGAGUUGCCACUAAUUCCGCCAUACUUGCAUCCUGGAUACCAUGAUCACUACAUUUAUGGUGUCAAUUUUGCAUCUGCGGGAGCUGGGGCGCUGCCAGAAACUAAUCAAGGCUUGGUGAUUGACCAGAAAUCUCAGGCUCUAUACUUCGCUAAAGUUAGCAAGCAAUUCAGGCAGAAACUAGGAGAAGAGGAAGCCAAGAAACUGCUGUCUAGAGCUAUCUACAUAGUUUCAAUUGGAGGGAAUGACUAUUCAGCCCCUUACUACACAAACUCCACUACCCCUGUGGCUAUUCCAUACUCUCAACAAAAUUUUGUAGACUUCGUGAUUGGCAAUAUAACAACAGCAAUCAAAGCAAUUUACAAUGAAGGCGGAAGAAAUUUUUGGUUUUUAAAUGUAGCUCCAGGGAAUUGCCUUCCUCUUUUAAGGAGAUCUGUAAAUGGAACUUCAAUAGAUGCAUGUCUUGAAGAAGAAGCUUCGGCACUUGCAAGGCUACACAAUAAUGCUCUUCCAAAAAUACUUCACAAACUACAAAAACAAUUAAAGGGAUUUAGAUACUCUAUUACCGAUUUCUAUGGAACACUUGUUGAAUUAAUGAGGAACCCUUCAAAAUAUGGUUUCAAAGAAGCGAAUGCUGCUUGUUGUGGGGGUGGUCUCUACAGAGGAGACUAUAGUUGCGGUGGGAAAAGGGGCAUUGAAGAAUAUGAACUAUGCAGCAAUGUUAACGAGCAUGUGUUCUUUGAUUCUCUUCAUCCAACGGAGCGUGCUGCUGAGCAUUUCGCUAAGCUAAUGUGGAGUGAAAUCAGAGAUGUCAUUAAACCAUCCAAUCGAAAACUGAUGUUCGACGUUUGA